CCAUUUACUACAAAUGAGAAAGCUGGGCGAAAACAACAAAUUGUUGUUUCCUGGAAAUGGUGACACGGGUUAUUCCCCGUUUUCUAGCGCGGUGCCGUCCUCUCCCUCCAGCAGCCCCGCGUAUGCGACGAGAAGUUCGUCCUCCCCCCAUACCACCAACGGCACCAUCCUCUCCCUCUCCUUCCGGUGACGAAUUGAAGCUACUUCCGACGACGAGAAGCAACGGCGACGAAUUGAAGCCCCCUCUCCUUUCGGUGACGAAUUGAAGCUCCUUCCGACGACGAGAAGCAGUGGCGACGAAUUGAAACUCCUGCCGGCAACCAAUGGUUUUCUGCAAAUUAUUUCUGGGUUGCUGGUGUUCUGCAGCUUCUAUAUAUUUUUUUAGUUUGUUGUAGUUCUCC